GUCCUGCAUUACGCUGAACCAUGUCGACGGAAAUCGUAACAUCCCCUCUGAGAUCCUGGGGCAGCGGCAUCGCGAUACUCAGUGGCAGGUCGGCAACGAGACAUCUCGCAUGGCCUGAACCAGAGCUAUCUGCCGGCCGCUGCAUUGGCAACGUCGGCAAAGAGCGUUGUUGGGUAGCUAAAGGCCCAGCGAGAGACGCAUUUAUGACCUUGGCCCCAAAGAUCAAGGCCUACCUCGAGAGGUCCGUCGAGCCAGUAUCGAGCUGGGUUACAUGGUCCAUCUAUAUGUUCGGCAAGUCAGCAAAGAAUGCCAGCCCAGCGAUCCUGUUCUGCUGCGAAGUCGCUGCAUAUCGCAAGCAGGUGAGAAAUGCAAUCAAAGACAGCGGCAUUCUCGAUGAAUUCCCCGGGAUCAAGACGGCCCACAUGCCGCGACCGCCUGACUUCAAUCAGCUCGUUCAGUUAGCAGACAAUGGCACGACGUCCGCAUUUUAUCAAAGACCUGUUCUUGCGUCCUUUGCGAGCAACCCGUGCGGGAUGCCGUUGUUCGUUGAACCAAUCAUCGACGACAGAACUUGCUGCAAACAAGCUACUGUUGGUGGCAUCAUUCAGCUGUCGGACAAGUUCUACUACACCACAGCAGGCCAUGUGCUCAGCCCUGAUACGAUGCCAAGCUACGCGGAGGCUGAGGGUAGUGAUGACGAAUUCGAAAUUGACGAUGAAUUUGACAUUGACGACGAUGCUGAGGUGGAAGAAGAAGGAUCGAGGUCUGAGGAAAAUGCGUGGUUGACACAAACAAACGACGCCGCUCUGAGCUCGCAGUACGCAAGUUCAACCGAGAACGAGAUACUCCAACCGCAAAUCUCAUCGAGCAUACAAGAUAUGCAAACAACAGAGGAGGGAUUGAAAUGCAAAAGCCGUCGGGUCCUCGAGAAAGAACCUUCACUGGGAACUUUCCCGCCCCCACAGCGUCUGGGACAUGUCUAUCUGUCCUCCCUCGAUGAACCGCCGUCUGGUCUCGACUACGCUCUGAUCGAGGUGACCAAGCCCAAUCACUGCAUCGCUAACGAAAUAACCCCUUCCUCAUUUCAUGUCCAGGGCCGAGCCAAGAUCCAGCGUGUUGUCCCUGACGGCCCCAAGGACGUUGAGAUCUUGAGCUCCACCUCCAGAGGAACGCUCACAGGAGUCAUGUCAGGCACUCCACUGUACGCCCGCCUCCCAAACAGCCGUCUGUUCCAAGACGUAUACAACAUCCUCCUGGAAUCUCAGCUAGAAGCCGGGGACUGUGGCUCCUGGAUCAUUGACGCGGAAUCCGGGGACUUGUAUGGGCAUAUCGUUGCCGGCUCCCCAGAUUCAGGUGCUGCAAUUGUGAUACCUUUUGCUCGGGUAUUCGAAGACAUAGAACUGCGAGUCAACCAACAACCUCACCUACCCCUAGCUGUAGCAGAGUCUCUAUACAAUGCUAAGGGAGACCUGGAUCUUGAUCCGCAUCCGCAAGACAUAGAGUCCGUCACGGCAUCCUCUUCCAACGCAAAAUCGGACUACGGCCAAAAGUGGAGCCGGGACUUGAGACGUCGAUUUGAGGACCAGCGGCGGAUCAAACUAUUGAAUGAAAUUAGACUGUCACGGGCUAAACGACAAGCUACUAUUGAACAAGCAGUUUCGUCCAGUGGCAAUGAAUCGACUCAAUGCCAGGAUGCACCCGGCGAGGAUGAGUCAGUUCCACCGUACACUACAGCUAGUGAGGAUGGGUCAAAUCCAUUCCACACCGGAAAAGAAUUACUGCUGCAGCCCCAAUGGCGAAGGCCAAUCCUGACACCGCUUUUACCCCAGCCUCCAGCAGAAUACAACGGGGAGUUCAACAAGUUCCGCAAUCUUUUGAUAUCCCUCUCCUCGACCCCAACGAAAUAUGAGAACCCAGGACUACUGGACGAGGCUCUGAGCAAGAUCCCGUUGAUCCGGAUCUAUGCCGAAGCUGAAGAAGAGAGUACAUUGCUCCAGGCCGAAGCAGAGUCAUAUGACGAUGGACGGCGGCCCACGUGGAGCUACACUGACUGCAUCAUCCGGGCGUUACUGCGAUGGUUUAAACGCUCGUUUUUCACUUGGGUAAACAAUCCACCAUGUCCAGUAUGCUCAUCGUCCACCAUUCCUUGGGGGCUAAGUAGCCCAACCGCAGAGGAAUCAGCUGGCGGCGCUUUGCGUGUCGAGCUCUUCAGAUGUUCAAAAAAGAACUGCCAGGCAUACGAGCGAUUCCCCCGAUAUGGAGACGUGUGGAAACUACUCCAGACCAAGAAAGGGCGAGUUGGUGAGUGGGCGAACUGUUUUACGAUGCUCUGCCGGGCUAUGAGCGUUAGAGUAAGGUGGGUGUGGAAUAGUGAAGACCACGUGUGGACCGAGAUGUACUCAGAAUACAACAAGAGAUGGGUUCACAUUGAUUCAUGCGAGGAAUCUUUUGACAACCCAUCCCUAUACGGGAAACACUGGGGGAAGAGAAUGUCGUAUGUGAUCGCGUUCUCUAUUGACGGCGCUACGGAUGUCACGCGACGAUAUGUUCGCAACGCAGACCAUGCGCUGGAGCGAACCCGUUGUACAGAAGCUGCCCUGCUCUUCAUCAUGGAUGAAAUCAAGAGCAUCCGACGCGCUGAAAUGAGUGACGAGGAUAAACUCCGACUGGAAGAGGAGGAUAGGCGUGAACAGCGGGAACUCAACGCAAAUGUUGUUUCAAGUCUCACCGCUGACUUCAUCGCGACGAGCUCAGCUCAGAUCGGAGAUCCUUCACAGCUGCCGAUCAAGCCCCGGGGAGACAAAAUGAAGCACGGCCAAGGGCAGGACCAGAAGCAGAGAAGUGGAGGAGUGGAAGAGGGACCUUUAGUUAUCCCUUAGGUGACUCCUGUGUAUUUCGGUCAGUUGACGACAGGAAGCGAUACCUAUCGCGCUGAAAGGAUCCGUUACGAGGCAUCAUCGCUAAAUAUGUCGGGUGAUAGCUUGAAAUAGGAAGACAUGUCAAAAUAGAACGAGAACUUGGGCGUGACAAUUCACUACAUCGCGCGAGACAGCUCACAGCGUUUAAAAUUCCACUCGGC